GUUGCUGAGGUGGCCGUAGGAGCACGAGAAGAAGAUGUCCCUAAGGUGGAAGAGCUGAGGGCCCUUCGUCAAAUGAGGCAGCAGGCUUUUGCUGAGGUCCUGGCAAGAGCAAUGGAAUGUGAAGUCCCUAAGGAGGAAACGCUGCAGGAACUUCCUGAAAGGAGACAGCAGGCUGUUGCUGAGGUUGCCGCAGGAGUACAGGAGAAAGAUGUCCCUAAGGAAGAAAAGCUGCGUGCCCUUCCUGAAAGGAAGCAGAAGGCUGUGGCUGAGGUCAUCAAGAGAGCAAUGGAAUAUGGAGUCACUGUGGAGAAAAAGCUGCAGUCCGUUACAGUAAGGAGGCAAAAGACUGUUGCAGAGGUGGCCAUAGGAGCUCGAGAAGAAGGUGCUUGUAAGGAGGAAAAUGUGUGGGCCGUUCCUGUCAGGAGACACCAAGGUGUUGCUGAGGUGGCCGCGGGAGCAACAAAAUAUGGUGUCCCUAAGGAGGAAACUAUGUGGGCUGUUCCUGUCAGGAGACACCAAGGUGUUGCUGAGGUUGCCGCGGGACAAACAGAAUAUGGUGUCCCUGUGGAGGAAAAGAUGUGGGCUUUUCCUGUAAGGACGCACCAGGCUGUUGGUGAGUUUCCUGGGGUCUCUGGAACCAUGGAGAAUGAUUGGGUGUUGGAGAGCCUGUCUGACUCUGGAACCGAUGAUGAAUAGUCGUCAGAUAGGGAACUGCACUCAGAAGGAUUGGUUGCUGAUCGCUUAGAUUCCACCCACAUCUGCCUAAUUUACCCCAAUAACCACCAGAAGCCUAGCAGAACAGACUCUCCGGAGCCAAGCAUAGACGAGAGGCCCACGGAAGAGGGUCUGCCUCCCUCCCGUUGCCACUAGGCCCCUCCAAAGCGGACCACCGAAGGCAAAGCGAGCUGAGCCUGCACCUCCCGCCCCUGUGCACCUUGCAGACCCACCCCGGCUAAUACGCCAGAU